CAUCAUCAGAUGGGAAACCUCAUGCCAUCCCUUCAACUUCUCUAAAUCUUGCAUUUCUAGGAAAACCCAUAUUGUUUUUCCUCUCUUUUCUUCUUUAUCUUAAUGGCUAGCAAAACAUUAAGAUCAAAUCAUCAUUACAAGGCAUUUCAUGCCUUGGGUCUCUUUGUUAUUUUGAUCCUGGUGCAAAGAGCUGGUGCAACUGAGUUCAAGGUUGGAGGCGCAACUGGGUGGACGGUGCCCACGGAUGCCAAGGCACUUAAUCAAUGGGCUGAAAUGCAUAGGUUUCAGAUUGGAGAUUCCCUAUUGUUUGUCUACCAACCCAACAAAGACUCCGUGUUUAUAGUAAACAAAGAUGAUUAUGAAAAUUGCAACGUAGAAGCACCCAAGAAAAAAUUCAGUGAUGGGAACACUAUCUUCAAGUUCGAUCAAUCAGGUUCAUACUACUUCAUUAGUGGAGUUCGAGAUAACUGCCUUAAGAAUGAGAAGCUAUGGGUUGUAAUCAUGGCAGAUAGAAGCACCAGAUCCUCGAGCUCGAAUCAGACAAACCCUGCUUCUCCUCCAUCUCCUUCGGCUGCAGGAUCUCCUGAGACCACCCCAUCAAUGGCUCCUGUAGGAGAAGAGGCUCCUUCUCCUCCACCUCCUCCCCCACCUCGAAACGGAGCUUCUUCAAAGGUUACCAGUCUCAUGGGUUGUUUUGCAGCACUUCUUGGGUCACCUCUUCUAUUUGUUUUGUAAGACAAGCGUGUCUUUGGAGUAGGUGUUGUGGCUUUAAAUGUUACAACUAGAUGUGGAGGGCUAUGGAAAUUUAUGUGGUUUCAUGAGAGAAGUUGGGUUUUCUUGUUAUUCUCUUCUUCUUCUUUUUUAAUUCUUUCAUUUUCAACUUGAGUGAAUCAAUACUUAUUUUAAGGAUAGCUUGAUUGAUGAUAUUUGUUUGUGACACUUGGAAAUUACACUUAAUAAUCACAUGUAUUAGUUGGGCUUAUUGGCUUUUGAAGAUGUAUUAAUGAAAUAAAUCGGUUUUUUU